GCUUCUGUUCCUUGUGGCACGAUAUCCCACUUCAAUGACUCUCCGCUCUCUCCUCAGAAAUCUCCUUCCUCGCCCCGCCACACAGAUCGUAGAGGAAUGCUCUCUUACUUACAUCAUGGGUCCCGCUUUACCCGCAUCGCGGUCUUACAGCUGACUGUACUACGAUCAGCAAGCGCUUUCGACGCGCAUCCCGGUCAUACACAUUCUGUUUCAGUAUUUUCAUAUAUCUAUCUCACUUCUCCCACAGCCUGUACACUCGCCCAUACAGCCGUCCAUCUAUUCGGAAGCCUCACUCUCAGUAUCUUCUCCCGCUUCAAGCGCUUCCAAUCCUACUCAAAUCGCUACUACAGCCACCUCACUAAGCUUCGGCCCUUUGCACCGCUCUCAAUUUCCGGCAGAAAACGGCUGCGAGUCCUCUUGCAUUCCGCGUAAACCAUGAACAAGGACUUCAGGCCGCCGUUUCCGAAGGAAAGAUUUCUGUCCACGAGCACGGCUCGCGGACGCCCAUUACCGCCAUUGCC